AUGUUCGUGAUGGACUCGCAGGACACGACAGCCGGGCUGUGCCUUCUGAACAUCUCGUUGUUCCUCCUAGGGGGGUUAUCCCAAGAAAAAAGAAAAGGAGACCUCGCGACGAAUCUACAAGGAGGUCUUUUCAUCAUAAGUUUGAUCAUCUUUUCAAUACAAAAAAUGCUAGCGCGAUGUAUCCUGUCAGAUGUGACCUUCGCCCUCCUACUGUACAUUUCUUGCGUGUUGCCAUUCCUUCUUCUAGAACUGAAUGGCUGUUUUAACAACCUCGUCUUCUUCCCCAUAUGUGUCAUGUUCUAUUUCACUCGGUACCACCUGAGGACUUUAUUCAUCCUAGACUCCUUUCUCAUUCUAACCAUUUUGGUAAUUAACGUUUCCAUAAACUCCAGCACCAUCGAUAUAUAUAUUUUCCUCUUUUUGCUGACUGCCCUCUUUCUCAGUAUGAUUUAUUACCGCUAUUUGUACUACUUUUCUAGAGCCCUUUCUAACUCUGUAGCUAGCCCAAGAAAUAUGAUUUUAAUGUUCCCCUAUAUAAAUGAAUACCACCAAGUUUGUUUUGCCAAGCUAGCCGAUGUGCUGCUGGACUUAAACAAUUACAUGCACACAAAAUGGAACAUCUUCUGUGGAAACAUCCCGAAGGGUCAUUUAAAAAGUGAAAAGGAUUUCCGCAACCUACAAAUUGUGGCUAGCAGAUUGGCAAAUAAAUUUUUCACUCUCAGGAAUCAAAAGGUCUUUUCCACUUACCCUCCGUAUUACUGUCUAAAAGUUCUUUAUCAUAAAAAAUUGUAUUUAAUAACUUCUGCUAUUGAGAGGAAGAGAAAACAGAUUGGGAAGAUGCACUCCAAUCAGAAUAGGAGCAACUUCUUAUUCUUAAUGGAGAUGGUAAGGCUGCACAGGGGGGUUGAGCCUCUGCAAGAGGAUGCCCGCCACUCGGGGGGAGAUCCCCUCCAGUUAGGAAAAGGCCCAUCUCAAAGAGGUAAGAAGAAAAAAAUAAAAAACGCCACCCGUGAGGAUGCGAAAAGGGGAAAAGAAGGGAACAACCGCGUAGAACAGAACGCACGUGUAGAUCCUACUCCUUUGAAACAUGUGGAGGAGGCGAACAUACCGCAAGCGAGCGAACAAACAUGGGGAGUCAAACCGGAAGAAGGAACAACCUCCAGGGGAGAACCCCCUUCUCGGGGUCACAACAAAAAUAAGGAUACACCCAAAAAAGGACAAAAAGUGAAGCCAGCAAAAAGCGCCCUCAGGAGCAACGAAAAAAAUGACCACCUUCAAAACGACGCCGCACAAUAUCACCUCAAAGAGGAACACAAAAAGGAAAACAAAAAACGAAACAGUGUGAAGGACAAUUCUGUAAAUAAUAGUUCCACCCUGUUUAGGAAGAGUGCCGAGAGGGGAAGGGACCUUUCUGGGGAAACUCCACAUACUAAGAAAGACAGACUACAAAUCGAAACCCCAAUUGGCCAUCUGCUCAGCACCAGCGAAAAUACUAAAAGAGAAAAAAAGCGCUACAAAAUUGGCAACAAAAGUGAAGCACUUGGUGAAGCACUUUUUGAGUCCAAAUAUGAAACACGCGGGGGGGGCAAACCUGAGCAACCCAGAGCAGUCUCACCCCACCACGGUACUGACGCCUUUAAAAAGAAUAAGAAGAAGACUGCACGUAGAAGCACACACGUAGGGGGGAACCAAAAUGAUGAGCACCGUAAAUACGACACGUGGGGGAAAAGGCUGAAAAGCAAAUUCGCACACCAGAAAGAGCAUGGCUUUGAAUUUUUCACCAAAAGGAGGGAAAAAAUGGGGCAUCAAAUCCGCGACCGAGGCAGCGCUGAUGGUGUAAACCCCAAUGGGGCCCUCCCUCCUGCAAACAAAAACGAGGUCGAUUCACAAAUCCGGCAAAAUUUAAAUUCCUACGUGAACGAUAAAAUGGUAGCUACUCCAAAUGCGCAAAGUAACUACAUGAACAUGUACAUGUACAUGCGCAGGCAAGACAACAGUGGGAAACAAACAAGUGUGCAUUACUCGAAUGAAGGCACGCAAAAAAAAAAGAAAAAAUCGGAAGGAAACUUCUCCUCAUCAAGAAAGUAUCAUCAUGACUGGAGCUUGCUAUCGGAAGAGAAAAUAAUUUUCCUAAAUUUCUCCUGCCUCUUCUAUGUGUUCAUCCACAAAAUUAAAUGGCUGUUAAAAUAUAUAGAACAAGUGAACUCUGUUGUUCAGGGGGGUUACUUCCGGCAGGGAAUCUCCCCAAAGAGGGACCAUCUGUUGGCCUACAUAGACCAGAAGGUCGAGCGGUACUACAUCCUUUGGUCCAAUUCCUUUGAUUUGGUUUACCACGUGGAGAAUUACAUCCCCCACAUUUUGCUCAUCCUCACUCUGCACCUCUCCUCCGUUUUCGUGCGAGUUGCUCCCCUGCAUCUCAGCGGCUCCUACGAUUUGUUCCGCGUGGCCAGCUUCUCGACCAUUUUCGCUGCCAGAUUUCUGCUGGCCCCCGUCGUGUUCGCCCUCAUCUUCUGGCCGAUAAUCAAAACCAGAUCAGUGAACCCCAGGAACAUUUUCAAAAUUAAAAUGCGCUUUUUCCUCCUCUCCCUUUUUAUCAUGACGCUCUCCACCUUGGACUACCUGUGGACGAUACUCCUCGUGCAGAAGAAUUUCUGGAGGCUGGAUGGCGCUGUCCUGGCGGAGCUUCAAAGGACGUACAGUAUGUUUUCCCUAGCGGAGCUAAUCUUCUUCGCGCCCGUCUUCUACUUCCUCAUCAUGCAUCGGUUAAAGUCUCUCUGGUACCUGUACAUCAUUUGGUUGGGCCUAAUAAAUGGGAUCUAUUGGAGUUUGAUUGGCACCUUCCUCCCCGGCCUGAAGAUGAAUAUCUCCCUGGCGACUUCAGUUGCGAUGUGCGUCUUGUUCAUUAUCAGGCCCUUCGAGAUGGUCAAACGGGACAUAUUCUGCAGGUGCGUCCUGCCCUACAUUUUAUUCCUGGACGAUGUAUUAUGCACCCUCGACUGUGAGAAAAGGCUCAAAUAUCUGCGCAUGCCAAAGGUGGGGGAAUGA